AGACAAACAUUCUUCUAUAGACAAGUUGCUUGAGGGUCUGAGUUUAUAUAUGGAGAUUUGAAUGCUAAGGUCUUGUUCUACUGCUUCAACUUCAAAUUCAAUGGGUCUCAGACAAAGUUGCUUCUCGUUUGAUUACAGCCUGUGAAAUUGUCCAACAGGCAGAGUGAUGCAUAGAAGGGCAAAUUUGGAAAUUUGGUUUAUGUAUAUUCAUGCCCGACCGAACUACAGUCUACAGACAACAGGGGAGGUUUUUGUUACUAUCAAAACAUGGUGUUUGGUGUUUGGUAAUUGUUAGAAAACUCGGGAGAUUUUUAUUUCAUUUUCCCUCGAUAAGCUCUCGCCCCAUCCGGUUUCUGUCUGUCUCGCGCUCUGUGGUAGAGUCACUGAGUUCACACUUCACAGCGAGCAAUGGCGUCGUUGUCUCUCUCAUUUUCUUCGUCUCUCCGCCCAACUUCUCUUCAACACGAAGCGACGCAGGGCAUGAAGAACAAAGCCAUAGCUGAACCGGACCUUUCUAGGGCUUUUCGCUGUGCAUUCGCUUCUCCUGUGAGAAAAGGGAACGCCUCAAAAUCAUCAUCCUCUUCUUCUUCACCCGUCCGUACGCCAGGUUUCAAACAUACCCCUCCGGUUAAAAAGCGCCAUUGGAAGGAAGGGGAGUUUCCUGGUAUAUCGGACGCAUCGUUUCCGAGCUCGUCCAAUAGAACGCCCCUAAAGAAUGUAAAGAAGAAGAUGGACAAUAAGAACAAAGCCAAGGCUUGGGCAAACACCGUCACUGAAGCUUUGGCCGAUCGAAUUCAGAAGAAGCUAUGGGAAGAUGCCCUGCAGGUCUUCGAGAUGCUCAAGGAACAACCUUUCUAUCAACCAAAAGAAGGUACAUACAUGAAAAUACUUGUCCUCCUUGGAAAAUCUGGUCAACCUCAACGUGCCCAUCAGCUCUUUGAUGAAAUGGUGAAAGAAGGAUGUGAACCUACUUCAGAGCUGUACACAGCGUUGCUUGCAGCUUAUUGCCGGAAUAAUCUUCUUGAUGAAGCAUUCUUAAUCCUUAAUCAAAUGAAGACCCUUCCUCGUUGCCAACCUGAUGUUUAUACAUACAGCACCCUCAUAAAAGCUUGUGUUGAUGCAUCCCAGUUUGAUCUAGUUGACUCUCUGUAUGAAGAUAUGGCUGAUCGAUCAAUAACUCCAAACACAGUUACCCAGAACAUAGUUUUGAGUGGCUAUGGGAAAGUGGGCAAAUUUGACCAAAUGGAGAAAGUUCUCUUGAAGAUGCUUGAGAGCACAACGUGCAAACCUGAUGUCUGGACUAUGAACACUAUUAUUAGUUUGUUUGGCAACAAGGGUCAAAUUGAGAUGAUGGAGAGAUGGUAUGAGAAGUUCCGAAACUUUGGAAUAGAACCUGAAACUCGUACUUUCAAUAUUCUGAUUGGUGCAUAUGGUAAGAAAAGGAUGUAUGAUAAGAUGUCUUCAGUGAUGGAGUACAUGCGCAAGCUGUCAUUUCCAUGGACAACCUCGACUUACAACAAUGUGAUUGAAGCCUUUGCGGAUGUGGGGGAUGCCAAGAACAUGGAGUACACAUUUGAUCAGAUGCGUGCAGAGGGCAUGAAAGCAGACACAAAAACAUUUUGUUGCCUUAUUAAUGGUUAUGCUAAUGCAGGCCUCUUCCAUAAAGUAGUAAGUAGUGUCCAGUUGGCUGGGAAGUUAGAAAUACCUGAGAAUACCUCAUUCUACAAUUCAGUAAUCUCUGCCUGCGCAAAGGCUGAGGAUUUAAUUGAGAUGGAGAGAGUUUACAAGCGGAUGAAGGAUAAACACUGCCAACCAGAUUCUUCCACUUUCUCUAUCAUGGUGGAGGCAUACAGAAAGGAAGGUAUGACUGACAAGAUCUUUGAUUUGGAGCAGGAGAAGAUGGUGAUUGCUAAUUAUUUAAAAGAUGAAUGAUGGAGGAUAGAAUUGAUCUUCUGGUUAAGAUUUGACUGAGAGCAUGCAAUAUAAUGGCGUGGUAUUGAUGCCAGGGGCUCUGGCUCCAUCCAACAACAUUUUGAAUAAAAAGGAAUAAGCAACACAAUACUAUUUCACGGCACUGGAUCAUAUCCUCUCUUUCUCUCUCUCUUCUCUGUGACAUUGGUAAGUAUGGUUGAUGACAAGUCUGUAUGGAGCUUCCCUCAACAGUAGCCGUACCAUGUUGACCAAAUGCAACUGUAAGUGGAAUUCAUCCUCUCUUUUAAUUGAUGCUAAGUACAAAUGUAUGUUUGGUUAGGCAGCGUAACAGGUUAGAUGGUUAAGAUCAAUUCUCAGCUUUAUUCCAUUCUAUUUGUAUUUUAAACAUAGUGCAGUUGAACGUUAAAAAAUGAAUGACCCCUUUGACAGAGGACUCCAGUUCCCCUGCAUGUGUGCCACAUAUUGAUGUAUUUGCCUAGGUUGACACUGGUUUAAGAUGUUAGCAGUCUGUAAUGCCUUGGACACAUUGCACAGGCUUUUUUUUUUUUUUUUUUCAGUUAAGAGUAUGAUGGAGAAUUUAGCAAGAGAGUUAUGUUCAAAUGGGAAUUCUCUCGUGGGAUCACAUAUGCAAACUCUUUUUUGUUAUUGGCUCAAAAGUUGAAAUAGUGCACAAAAUGGAUGGUCUUCAAAUGGGGUAUCCUGUGAGAUUAUCUAUCUGAUCAUCAAUCUUGAUGCAAAAUUACUUUCA